AUGGUGAGCGGAGGAAUUGACGAUUUGGCCGAUUGUCGCGAAGUGUUCGCCUAUUUCGACAGCAAAGGCGAUGAGCGGAUUUCGGUUCAACAAGUCGGCGAUGUUCUCCGAGCUUUGGGUCAGAAUCCAACCGAGGCGGAAAUUCAAAAAUGUGUCGCUUCUUUUGAGAAGGAGUCGAGACUUUCGUUUGAGGAUUUUGUGCCAAUUUUUCAGUCUGUCGGAAAGACUCGGUAAAAAAAUGCUCAAAUUUCGAAUCUGAACAUGAUUUUUUUGCAGUGAAAAACACUCAGUCGAAGAGUUUGUCGAAGGAUUGUCGCAUUUUGACAAGGAAGGAAAUGGUAUGAUAAAUGUGGCCGAGUUGAGACAUCUUUUGACAACACUUGGUAAGAAAAACGUGGAAAAAUUGACACCACUCUAGAUUUUCAAUAAAAUUUAUGUUUUCUAGUAGUUUUCGACGCGCUGAUCACGAUUCCGUCGUCUAAAAUUGCAGAGCUCAACUUCUAAUAUGAGUUAUCAUUUGAAAGUGUUAAAAUUCGAAAAAUCAGGAUUUCAGGAGCUGAUUUUCAUUGAAAUCUGAUAGCAUAGGGUUGUUCAGAAACCCAACAAAAAUGCUAUCAGAUUUGCAUGAAAAUUCUCCUGAAGUUCUGAUUUUUUGAAUUUUGACACUUUCAAAUGAUAAAUCAUAUUAGAAGUUGAGUUUUGCAAUUUUAGACGGCGGAAUUAUGAUCAGUGGGUCGAAAACUACUAGAAAACAUAUACAUAUUUUAUUGAAAAUCUUGAGCUGGACAUCGACUAUAUGGCAUUUUCAUGUUUUUUAAGCAAGCGAGCUGAAAUAUUGGGUUUUAAUGUUAUUCAUAUGAUAGAAUGGCCCAAGACGAACAGAAUGAUAUAAAUUUUGAUGAAUUUACGUUGUCCUUAAGUGAUUUAGCGUCGUUUAGUCGAUAUUUAGGCCCUAAACCUCGCUAAAUCACUUAUGGAUAAGGUAAAUUCAUCAAAAUUUAUAUCAUUCUGUUCGUCUUAGACCAUUCUAUCAUAUGAAUAACAUUAGAACUCAAUAUUUCAACUCACUUGCUUAAAAAACAUGAAAAUGUCGAUUUAGUCGAUGUCCAACUAUAGAGUUCCCUUGUCAGAAAAUCAAAAUUUUUCCUAUAAUAAAUUGAGAGUUUCCCCUAAAAAAUCACAAUUUUGAGGAGCUAAAUCAUCCCCGAAAUUAAUAAAAUUUGCAGGAGAACGAUUAUCAGACGAAGAUGUUGAUCAACUUUUGGCCGGCCACAAUGAUUCACACGGAAAUGUGAAUAUUGCCGAUUUUGUGCGAGCAAUCAUGAAUCAAUAA